CGCCCAUUGGCUGCCGGGGGCGCGAGCGUUGCGUCAUGGCGCCGUUAAAGCGGCGCGGCGCGGGGGGCGGGGCGCAGCGCGGGACGAUGCGGACGAGGAUGAACCGGGAGCAGCGAACGGAGCGGGGCCGGGGGGAACCGGGACCACCCAGAAAGGCAUCCAGGAGAAAGCGCGUCCUCGCUGACCACCACACCUGAGGCAGCCCGCGCCGGGCCCAAGGUGACAAUGGCGGCCGAAGGGCUGUGGGGGCCGGGCGGGCCCCCCAGCUGGGAGCUGGAGGGGUGGUACCAGGACCUGCAGGAGGUGCUGGCGGCGGAGCCCCCCGGGACCGGCCCCGCCUGGGGCGCCGAGCAGGCGGAGCCGGGCCCGGGGGGCUGCGGGCUGGACGCGGCUCUGGCCGAGGAGCUGCUGGAGCUGCUGGGACCGGAGGCUCCGGUAGAACCCGCGACCCCCGGCGGGAGCGGCGCGGCGCCGGGCCCCGCUGAAGAGGAGGAUGAGGAUGAUGAGGAGAAGAAGGCGCGGAGGAAGCGGCGCGGCGGCCCCGCGGCCCCGCGGCUCCGGGACGGGGAGCGGCGGGUGCGGGAGCUGACGGCGCACAACGAGCGGCUCCGCGCCGAGAUCCGCCGGCUCAGCGCCGAGGUGCAGCGCACCCGCGCCGCGCUCAUCGACCGCAUCGUCAACCUGCGCCACGCGUAGGGACACGGAGCCGCCCCACGGCGCGGGACACGGACACGGAGCCGCCCCACGGCGCGGGACACGGACACGGAGCCGCCCCACGUGUAGGGACACGGACACGGACCCGCCCCACGGCGGGGACAAGGACUCUGCUGCCCCACGGACUGCGGGGGCAGCCUAUGGACAGACGGACAGACAAGUGGAAGCAGUUUCUCCACGCACUGUACAGCUCUUUUCGUUUAUUACACGCGUGUAGCCACA